CACAGUUUGUGUAGCAUUAGCGUCAUUCUGGCUAGCUUGACUAUUGCUAUCUUGUCGAUAAGGAAGUUUAUCUUCACGUUUCUGGACCAAAUCCCAGCUUCUGAAACUUGCGGACAACUGGAAAAGUUGAAGCACAGCACAGACUACAAAGCUGCUGGAUACCUACUGACGCUGUGUGUGGAGGAUGUCUUCACCAAUAUACUAUAACCAAGACAGUGUUACCCGUUUCAAGAAAAGAAAAGCUCGUUUCUCAUUCAGUGAAGUCCACAUACUGUUGGAUGAAGUGAGGAAGCAUCGUAUGGUUGUUGUGGGCAAAUUCAACCGUGGUGUGCCAACUGACAUAAAGAAACGCACCUGGGCAGAGAUUACUGCACGUGUCAAUGAGAUUGGGGAGUGCCAACGCGAAGUCAUAGAGGUCAUCAAGAAAUGGUCUGACCUAAAGUGUGACACCAAGCGGAAAGUGGCUGCCAUGCGGUCUGGGACAGUGCCCAACAGAGGCCUCAACUCACGUCUUUCCAGAGACCUUAAUCAGACAGAGAAAAUAGUGCUCCAGAUUCUGGAGAUGGACGAGGAAGAUCAGAACACCGGUGACUUUGGCCCACUUGGAGAUGAUGACGAUGUGCCAGAAGAGGAAGAAGAAAUGGAAGAGGAGGAUGUGAUGGGAAUGCAGAAUUCUCCCAACGGCGGCUUGGAAACGGCAUCCAUGCCUCCACCUCAGUCUUCCUACACAAUGAGCGGACCUGCACAGUCAGGGGACUCGUCACAGCCUUCCUUUGAUGUGCAAUAUGACGUACCUCCAUCAGAAGAUACUGAACCUCCAUUUGGAGAUUCAGACGAUGACCAAAGGGAUGACGUGCUUCCUUCGAAUCCAUCAUCAAAACCAACAGAUCACCAAGUAAACAAUGGCAUCCAGAAGCAAGGACAACCUCAGACAUCCUCCGGCUCGUCCGCCUCGGCGGCCACGCUUCCAAUGAAAGAUCAGCCCUCACAGAAUCCAAGGGAUAGCAUGUUACAAAACGCAUCGCUGAGCCUUCAGGAGCAGCAUGCAACCAACAUCCUGCUGGAGACUGUUUCACGCUCCCUGGAGCUUCUGUCUGAGUCGGUGCAGCAGCUGGCAGAGACUCAGCAGGAAUUUGUGCGCGAGUCUCUGCAGCUCCAGCGGGAGACGGUGCAGGUUCUCAGAGACUUCACAGGUGGAGCCAUUGCACUCAUGCAUGACAAACUAAAUGGACGGCCAGCAUUAUAACAACAGUGUCACGUGGAGAUGUUGAUGAGUUGUAUCGCUGACUUCAUACAUGGCCUUCAGGUGCAGGAACAUUUAAGUUCCGUUGGACUCCACCUCUGGUUACUGUACUUUUUGAUAGUGCUCAGCAGAUUUUCUGUGGUUAUAUUUUGAAACUGUCUUGGUGGAAACAUUGUAAUGAUGGAAUUGCUGUCUUUGUGGUUAGCCGAUUGAGAAAAUAACCAAUAUUAGCCAUAAAGAACGAACACGGAGAGUUGUUUUCCCUCUUUUUGCUACUGAAAGUGAGUAUGUUACCACUUGCAUUUUUUUCCUUUUUUUUAAUUAGGCAAACACCACGUUGAAAGCCUUUACACUCGUUUAAUGUUGACAUGCAAAGAAAGAGUCUUUGAUAUUUUAAGUCUCGAAAACUCCAUUUGUGUGUCCUUUUGUUGAAGUUUUUCCAUGCAUCAGUGUCUGGAGGUGAUCAUAUGUACUGUAAUGGUGAGUGGAUGUUUGCACCUGACCAUUAUAUGGUCCUUAUGUCUGGAAGCUAAACAAGAUGUGUUAGAUACUUUGAAAAUACCUGUAAGUGAAUAAUCUGUGAUUUUUCUGGUUUUGUUUUUUACAUUGCAAACAUGAACACUUGAAUAUGAAAGUUUCAGUAAAUAUGGAAUAAAACCCUAAUGUAUUUAAA